AUGUGCUGUGCAGCAGGCAGUGAAUGAAAGUUGCUUUCUCUCUGAUGAAACGUCCACGCAGCAUUACACUCUCCAGUUGUAGCGUUUCCCCUUUUGAGCUGCGAUGUCUACUAAACUGUUAACUGUGAACAACACAGUUUUCAAGUGUUUGAAGACUCUGGUGAACAGUAAGGUAAGGCUCUCCACAUAACUUGCAUGUGUAUAUUUUGUCACCGGAGCCGCUUCUCUUGGGUCCGUGAGUUUGAAGGGUCGCAGCUGUCUCACUCUGAAGGAUUUCAGCUCGGAUGAGAUCAAGAGGCUGCUGUGGGUGUCUGCGGAUCUAAAACAUCGGAUCAAGCAUGAAAAGCAGUAUCUUCCUCUACUGCAAGGAAAGUCGAUUGCAAUGAUAUUUGAGAAGAGGAGCACCAGGACAAGAAUGUCCACAGAGACAGGUUUUGCUCUGCUGGGUGGGCACCCUUGUUUCCUCACCUCUCAGGACAUCCACCUGGGAGUGAAUGAGAGCUCCACAGACACAGCAAGGGUUCUCUCAGGACUCUGUGAUAUUGUCUUGGCACGAGUCUACAGUCACUCGACACUGGUGGAGCUGGAUAAGGAGGCCUCCAUCCCCAUCAUAAAUGGUCUGUCUGACCUCUACCACCCAAUCCAGAUUCUGGCCGACUUCCUCACCUUACAGGAGCAUUAUGGGUCUCUGAGUGGACUGACAGUGAGCUGGAUUGGAGACGGAAACAAUGUCCUGCACUCCUUCAUGAUGACUGCAGCCAAACUGGGAGUUCACCUUAAGAUCGCUACACCAAAGGGGUAUGAGCCAGAGCAGAGUGUUAUCCAAGAGGCACAAAGACUCUCCAGAGAGCAUGGGACCCAACUGGUUCUGACCUCUGACCCGAUGGAGGCCGCCCAUGGCAGCAACGUCUUGGUCACAGACACCUGGGUCAGCAUGGGACAGGAGGAAGAGAAGAAGAAGAGGCUCAAAGACUUUCAAGGCUACCAGAUAACCAUGAAGACAGGAAGUGUGACCAAACCAGACUGGACCUUCUUGCAUUGUCUGCCCCGGAAAAUGGAGGAGGUGGACGACGAGGUGUUCUACUCCUCACGCUCCCUUGUGUUCCCCGAGGCAGAGAAUAGAAAGUGGACGAUCAUGGGUCUGAUGGUUUCUCUUCUGACUGACCACUCUCCACAGAUCCCCAAGCUCAAAUUUUAACAUCAGGUCUGAAUGUGGACUUUUACUUGUGUGUUAUGAUGGAUGUCAAUAGUACAACAAUUUAUAACACUAUCACAAAACUAGAGGGAUUACCAAAGUGUCUGUGUUUACGUUGUGUAAUUCAUAGCAUUGAUCAUGAGGUUUACAGUGUAAAUGUCAUUGCUUGUGUUACUGAAAAGAAAAGGAUUACUGAGCCUUUCUUCAACUCAUUAACAGUCUCUAACACUAUCAACCUGAGCUGACCAAUCACAUUCCUUGCAGUCCCUGCACGGUGUUUACACAGCCGCUGAAACUCCCAACAUAUACUUACAUUUUUUGAGGAAAUGCACAUAAUUUGCUGUGCCUAAGCUCCUUUAAUGCACAUGUAUAAACCCGGCUUUACAGCCAAAUGCUUUGAUAACACCACACUCUGCCAUUACCACACCACUGCUUAAGACAAAUCACAUAUAAACUGAAUUUAAAGUUACAGCAGACCGUGUUUUCAGAAUACAUCAUACAUUUGAAAGUACUGAUUCGACACAGUAAGAAAAACAGUUUGGAAAUGCUUGAAAUUGGCUCGUCAAAGGUUAUGCAUCAUAGCAGUAUAGAUCACAUGGUAUUCAGAGAAUGGGCUGAAAAAUGGACAGAAACACAGGUAUUGUAGAUGUCAUAAAGCAAGUCAACAUUGCAUUGAAUGUUUAAUUGGAUGAAUCCCCCUCCUGCAUGGUUAAACCUGAUUUUAUUAUCCUUUUUAAGUCUGAAUGUACACAAAUGUGCCUUUUACAUCAUGCUCUUCACACUUCUUCACUUCAAGAAGAACAAAACUGAGAGAAUCAAAUUGUUGUUCACUCACUACAAACAAUAAAACAUUACACUCUAUCCAUA